UCGGCUGUCGGUUUUUGCUUUUCCAUGCAAAUAUAAAAACCGAACCGUCUGGGAAAUGGGAAAUCAUUCAUAACGGAAAACUCCUGGCGUGCGGACGUGAAAGUGCCGUGAUUUCUACGUUGAUUUCUGUCGCGUCUUUCGCUGCUUGUGUUUUGUGUAUUUUCGCCAUUUGCCCACUUAUUCUUUGCGCCUAUAUUGCCCGCUACUUUUGUAUCCGUUCGGAAAAACAAAAAGAAAAUCGUGGCGAGCAAACAAGUCAACUAAAAUAUCCCAUUCAUCUUGUUCUGCCAACUUAUUUCUAAUUGUGAAGCAACCUUGAAUUUCCAACUCGCGCUGGAAAUUGCUAAACAAAAACAGCGCGCAAAAUCUAUUGUUUACCGAAAACUAGUCAAUUACCAGCGAUUUUCGCCUAUUGCAAUGUGACUUUCCAAGUGUGAUCGCAGCUUUUUUGACGUUUUGUUUGGCCAAGAGGACACUUUCAAAUAUCGGUUACUAACGGUAUUCAAUAAACGGGCUUAAUAAGUGCAUUAGAGGAUUACGGAUCUGGGAUUACACUGAUCAGGAAAAGCAAAUCUUCUGAAAUGGGCACUAUCGAGAAACGCUCAUUCUCCUUCCGGCUGCGUCGAUCCUUCGGCGACGGUGGCAGCACCAACAGCCGCAACAGCAACAACAACAGCAGCACCUGCACCAACCACAACAACCAGAAGCGAUGCAGCACUCCGCUGACGCCGACGAGCACCAGCACAGGGCGACUGGAGGUGCCUGGAGCGGCCAGCGUGAGCCGCCGGAGCAGCAUCUACAAGAAGCCGGACAAGAACGACGGCGGGCAGAUCCAUCUCAUUCCGGACGUGGAGCUGCCGCUGAUGACCUUCGCCGACCAGUACAACAUCGAGAAGACGCUGGCCGAGGGCUGCUUCGCCAAGAUACUGCUGUGCCGGCACAGACCCACCAAUACGCUGGUGGUGCUGAAGGCGGUGCACGCCGAGCUGACCACGAUCAAGGAGUUCCAGAAGGAGUUCCACUACAACUACGAGCUGUCGCAUCACCAUCACAUACUGAGCGCCUAUGCGGUGGCCUUUCAGACAAUGGACUACUACGUGUUCGCCAUGGAGCACGCCCCCUACGGCGAUCUGGCCUCCAACAUCGGACCCAACGGCCUGCACGAGAACGCCUGCAAACUGAUCUCGGAGCAGCUGAGCUCCGCCCUCGGCUUCAUGCACUCCAAGAGCCUGGUGCAUCGCGACCUGAAGAUCGAGAAUAUCCUGGUCUUCACGCCGGACUUUACGCGCGUGAAGCUGUGCGACUUCGGGGCCACCACGAAGAAGGGUUUGCUGGUGCACAAGGUGAAGCACACGUGGACCAGCUGCGUGCCGCCGGAGCAGCUGGAGCUGAUCAAGAACGAGCGCUUCCAGUGCCUGCCCGUCAGCGAUUCCUGGCAGUUCGGCAUCCUGCUGUACAACAUCCUCACGGGCAAUCCUCCAUGGCAGUCCGCCGAUUGGGUGAAGGACCAGUCCUAUGCCAACUUCAUGAAGUACGAGCAGCGCAAGACCACCAAGGUGCCGGACAAUUUCCGGCGCUUCUCGCCCCGGCUUAUGCGCUGCUUCCGAAAGUAUCUGAGCCACGAUCCCGAGGACCGCUGCAAGAUCACCGAGGUGGCCAAGUACAUGAAGGACCGCUGGGUGGAGUGCCGCAUCUCCACCUCCAAGUCGGCCACCCUCAUCUCGCCCACCAAUCACGACCAGGACUCCUGCAUAUACCUCAACCAGCGGGAGGGUCGUCUCUCCGGGGAUGAGAACAAGCUGCGCUUCAAGCGAAUGAUGUCCACCUACGGCCUGGACAUACCCAUCGACCAGGCGAUGGUGCGGCGGCGGGUAUGGGACUGGCUCUCCACCUGCGACGCCAACUUUGAUCCGGACGUGGAGAGUCUGCACGCACUUGACCUGUUGCAGUAGAGUAAGAUAAAUCACCAGCUAAGAAAUCCCCCGAGAAACCGGAAAACAUAAAUAUCCUUAGAAACAUUUUUGGAUUUUUCCAAAGAUUUUUGAAAACAAAAAACAAUGAAAUCGCUGUGUAAAUAAGACGAUAUCGCCCAAUUAGAAAGCGGAACCGGGAUGUAUAUCAUCAUCCCGAACGGAAACAGUUUGAAUUUGUGGAUCUAUAAGAUCGUUUUUGUAGAGCAGAGAAGUCACUUCUCGACGGUUUUUUCUGUUGUUCUGCGAGUGCAAAAUGCCAGAACUGAAAUUAAGUAUAACUUUAUAUAGAUGAAUUUUGGUAAAACUAAGUAGUAAGAAUUUAUAGGAUAAUAAAUCCCGGUAUAAGAUUAAAAAAAAACACGUCAACGGAUAACUUUCCAGUAGUGUUACCCUCCUAGUCUUCCGCUCGAUGAUUUUCGUAAUACUCUCUAUGUGUGUGUGUAUGAAUGUAGUUUUUUAAGUGUACUAUAAUGUGUGAUUUUCGCGUUACUUACUUUAUGUGUCGGGAUACAAACUACUGCAAUUAUCUAGAAAUAUACCAUAAAGAUAUAUGAGGAGUGCCCUUUGGCGCAUUCACGACCAAUUACUAGACGGCUAAGAUUUGUUUUAUAUCUGUCAUAGACUAGAUCUGUAUUUAUGUAGUUAUCCUUAUAAUGAUCCCACACUGAAACGAUUUUGUACAUACUAUUUAGUUGCAUACGACUGUCAAAUGAUACUUAUAUGUCUCUUUACCAGUUAAUACCCCAUGUAUACCUAUAAAAUGCUAAAAAUAUAUAGUGCCAUAAACUGAGUUUAUUUAAAAAA